AUGUCUUCCUUUAUCCUUGCAAUAUGCAUUCUUUAUGCUACCACCAUCACCACUAGCGUCCACUCGGCCACAUUCACCAUCAAGAACAACUGCCCCUACCAAAUCUGGCCGGCCACCCUCACCGGAAGAGGCUCGGCCCCCCUCACCGGAUUCGAGCUUGCCCCCAACGCCGCCAGAACCAUCGACGUCCCUUCCCCGUGGUCCGGCCGCAUCUGGGCCCGCACCCGUUGCUCGAACGGGGGCAGCUCCUGCCUGACCGGGGACUGUGGGUCGAGCCGGGUCGAGUGCAACGGGUCGGGAGGCGCCCCACCCGCCUCCCUCAUCGAGUUCACUCUGGGUGGCGAUGGGGGGAAGGACUUUUACGACAUUAGCCUGGUCGACGGCUUCAACCUGCCCGUCUCGGUCGGAGGGGGCAGCUGCCCGUCCGUGUCCUGCCCCGCCGACAUCAACGCUGGCUGCCCGAACGAGCUGGCAGUCAAGGGUCCAGACGGUGGAAUCGUCGGGUGCAAGAGCGCGUGCGUGGCGCUGAACCAGCCGCAGUACUGCUGCACGGGAGCCUACGGGUCGCCCGACACGUGCAAGCCAACCAGCUAUUCGCAGAUGUUCAAGAGCCAGUGCCCGCAGGCUUACAGCUACGCAUACGACGACAAGACGAGCACGUUUACCUGCCCGACCGGGGCUAACUAUGUCAUCACGUUCUGCCCUUGA